CGAGGGGGACGGAGGUGGUGGGGGGGUGUCGACGGCGGUGACCGACGGGAUGGGCGGGUCGACGGGGAAUGUGAUGCGGACGGGCAGCGAGGUGACUGUUGGCAGUCCAACCACUCCAGCGACGACUCAGGACACGACGGGAUCGGGUUCAUCACCCCCGCACGACCACCCCAUAACACACCCCCGCCCCUCCGCAACCCCAACCGCCCGCCUCGACGCCUGUUUCCCCUCCAUCGCGUCGUUCGUCAUGCCCUCGGACCCCGACCCGGACUCACAGACCCGCCUGGCACUCUCCCACCUCCCCCCCGGCCUCUCUCUCUCAACCCACACCCUCCACGCCCUCCUCACCGACGCCGCGCGCCGCGCCUUCGCCAAAUCCUCCGCCAACCUCGUCCCGCAGGACACCCGGGCCACAGGGCGGCGGAUGACGCUUACCGCCGGGAACAGCAACGCCCCCCGACGACAGAGUAUGAUGCUCCUCGGCCCACGGCGGAUGAGCGUUAUGGGGGAUGUCAACAACCCCGGCGGUGGGGGCGAGGCCGUGGGAGCGCCCGCCGCGGUGGUGUUACCGGCAGCGGUGACGGUGUGGUAUGAUGUGGCGUUGAAUAUGGGGCCGAGAGGACCUCCCACACCGUCUGCUGCCACUGCUCCUGUGAACGUGCGAACCAGGUCGGGGGCGGAGAGGGAGAGGGGGAAGGAGAAUGUGAGGCCGGCUAGUGGACGGUCGGAUACGUCUGGGAAGGGGGCGAGGCCUGCGAGUGCGCGGUCGGAUGUGUCCGGUAAGGGCUUCGGGCCGAGCGGCGGUACAGAUGUCGGCAUCGCAAUAACGACGACGACAACAGCGACGAUAACGUCAGACCAAGACCGAUCCCCGCGGCACAGGCUAGACCACACGGACCCGCUGCUAAUGUACGAGACGUACCGCGUGAAAACAGCUCGGGGCGCGGGGACGUCGGUGGGUGGUGGCGACAAAGCAAGGGGUGGGAGCCCUCCGGCGACUGGGAAAGCAACGGCAGACGCGGGGCCGGCGGCGGUGCAACAACCGCAACCGCAGCCGCAACCGCAACCGCAGACGCAGGCGCCGGCGCUGCCUCCGCCGUCGUCCGGGAAAGGCCGUAAGAAGGCGCGAGAGGGUGUGCCUAUGGUCACUUUCAUUGAGGAAGGAGAGGGAGAGUAGCUGAUCGCUCUGAGCGUACAUAUAUGUCGCUCUUUACACGUAGACAAGUAAUAGGAUUGCAUAUAGACCCGUUUGGCCCUCC